ACUGCCUGAAGGUCCUUACGAAAUAAACAAAUUGGGGUCCUUUCUUGCUGUGCGCUAACGUCGAAACGAAUUUUAGAGUCACAUUGUUUACAUAACUCAGGUGAAUUUGAACAAAAUUUUGUUAUAUUAUUUUUAUAAGUGGGGUUGGGUCCUAUCGUUGAAAAAUAAACCGUUUUAAUUAAUGCCAGAGGGGAACCAAUCGCUUUGUUUUCCAACGCCAAAAGGGUUUUUCCCCCGUUUUUUUUCAGUCGCCGUCAUAGCAAACCUAGCAUUAGCAUUAGCGAAGCAAACAAGCCGAAGCCAACAAUUAAAUAUACUUUGGCCAAACAUAAUACAAGGGGGGCGUUAAUGAGCAACAAUGUCGGGCAUUGCUCUUAGCAGACUGUCUCAGGAGCGCAAAGCCUGGAGGAAAGAUCACCCCUUUGGAUUUGUUGCUGUGCCUACUAAGAAUCCAGAUGGUACCAUGAAUCUGAUGAACUGGGAAUGUGCCAUCCCUGGAAAGAAAGGAACCUUAUGGGAGGGAGGACUGUACAAACUGAGGAUGCUGUUUAAAGACGAUUACCCGUCCUCCCCACCCAAAUGCAAGUUUGAGCCGCCCAUCUUCCACCCGAAUGUGUAUCCCUCGGGGACGGUGUGUCUGUCGAUCCUGGAGGAGGACAAAGACUGGAGACCUGCCAUCACUAUCAAACAGAUCCUCUUGGGGAUUCAAGAGCUGCUGAAUGAGCCGAACAUUCAGGACCCCGCACAAGCUGAAGCCUACACAAUCUACUGUCAGAACAGGAUGGACUAUGAGAAGAGGGUAAGGGCGCAGGCCAAGAAGUUCGCCCCCACAUAGAGGGGAGGGCAGAUUUCCCUCCGAGCUGCCCGAGCAGCCUGACGCGGCGCAGGACGAAGGACCACUCCAAUGAGAACCCACUUUUCAGUAGUAUUUUGCUGACCAGCAAGCCUUUUUUUUCCUUCUCAACUUUUAAACAAUUCUUCUUCUCUGUAAAAUAAAAAAGAGCCGUUUCCAGCAGCUGAUCGAGCUGAGAACUGCUGUCAAAAAUGACAUUUGUAACAUGUAUCAUCCGUAUAUCAGAGCGCUGAGCUCGGCCCUGCUUUCAUUAAGACAAAAAAACUGCGGUUUGCCAUCCAGGAAGUUUGUUUGUAGCAGAUUUUAUCUGCUGCGCCAUCAUCUUUAUUAUGUUUUUUUUCUAAAAGCCUCAAACGUCUUUCACUUUUUUAUGUGUGAAGUGAAGCAAACCAGACAAACAUGUUUUCAUCAUCAGCUAAAGUUUGAGAUAAACAGAAUUAUUUACAUCAAAAAAGACAAUCUUGGCGCUUCAUCAAAUUAGGCGACUGAAGUUGGAAGGAAGGGAAGUUUCUGUGGGUGUUUGCCAAUAAAAAUGAGAAAAAUUAA